AUGAGUCCCAGACAUUAUCAUUUCCCAAUUCUGCAUAUACAUACAUCUUGCAAGCAUGAUGUCGCUUUCAAAGAUGUAUUCAACGGCCACCCUCCUACUGUUGUUAUCCUCGGCCUACAGUCUACCCUCUCAAGACAAUGGCCCUGCUCUCCCGCCUCCAAAAAAGAUACARCGUGCGUCAACCUUCAAUCGACUAGUACACCUUCCUGGAUCUCUCCCCCACAAAUAUUCCCAGGCUACGCUUCCUGCGUUGAUGCCUGCUGGUACGACGCCUACCACGUCAAAGCCCGCCAACGGAUUCAAUACAAAGGCGAAGCAAACAGUACCGCCACGGACAUGGUAGCUGGACGUUACGCACUGAUGAGCAAUAGUUACUACUACGAGACAACCACACAUCGACGCGGGAUCUGGAGGUCAGCGAAGAAGAAUGGCGAUGGGAAGUGGUUGUACACUAAGUACCACUAUGAGGGCCCUGAUGAUGACUUGGAGUUGCGGUUUGACGAGUUCACGUCUGCUGAUAGUUUGGUGGAGAUACAGCAAGGAUGGAUCGAUUGGGAUCAUCCUUUUGCGCAGAGGUCUCCGGUACAGGCUAUUGAGGCGUAUGGAAUACUUGCAGGGUCGGCUUUUGGAUUUCUUGAAGCGGGUAGUGGGUUGAUGGUGAAUCCUUUCUACUAA